AUGUCAGGACCGGGAAAUCAAGCGCUCAACAUCAACAAUGUUGUUGGGCAGCAAGCCAACCUUCAGAUCACAAACCAUGGGUCGGACUGGUAUUACACGGUUUGUGCCAUUAUGGGCAUAUCGGCCGUCGCUUUCAUGGCCCUCGCCUUUAGGAGGCCGCAGAGCCACCGCAUAUUUCACUACAUCACUGCCGGAAUUUGUGCCGUGGCCUGCAUCGCGUACUUCGCUAUGGGAUCCAACCUGGGACAGGUGCCAAUUCAAGCCGAAUUCGUUCGCCCCAACUCCCAUUGGGUCGGCGCGGCUGGCACUCGAGAGAUUUUCUACGCCCGUUAUAUCGACUGGGCCAUUACAACGCCUCUCCUACUCCUUGACCUACUGCUUACAGCUGGUCUGCCCUGGCCCACGAUCCUGAUUACCAUCUUUGCCGAUCUAAUCAUGGUAGUCACUGGACUCAUUGGUGCUCUUACUCGCACAUCCUACAAAUGGGGAUUCUGGACUUUUGGUACGGCAGCGUUCUUGUUCGUUGUGUACACUCUGCUUGGCACUGCUCGCUCCCACGCAAACGCUCUGGGUGGUGAGCCCAAGAAGACGUACAUGAUGUGCGGCGCAUGGCUCACUGGCCUCUGGUUCUUGUACCCCAUCGCUUGGGGCUUGAGCGAGGGUGGCAACGUGAUCCACCCUGACUCCGAGGCCAUCUUCUACGGUAUUCUCGACAUCUUUGCCAAGCCUCUUUGGGGUGCGCUCCUGAUCUGGGGUCACCGCAACAUCAACCCCAGCCAGCUCGGCUUACACAUCCGCAACCCUGAGCAGACUAAUGAGAAGUACAACCAACCCCAGAACGGUGUUCACGGUCCCGACCGAGCGGUUGGCACAAAUGGAGCCGGUGUUCCAACUACUGCUGGUGCUGGCGCUCCUACCGCUACCCCAGCUACCAAUGGUCAUCAGGUUUGA